AUGGGUUUGAGCCGGCCAGCUGAGGUAUGCGGCGACAAGUCAGCAGACAUCACCGGCGAGGCUGCCGGUGGAAAGGCACAGGCAGAUAUUACCCACGACAUCCAGUCUCUGUUGAGUAGAUACCAGACAGAGACGCCGCCGCUGUGUGUUUUCAAGAGUUUAAGGGGGAUUUGGCCGAAUGUGAAGAAGAUUUUGGCAUUCUACAGUGGAAGGAUGCAAGAAGAG